AUGGAUGAUUAUGAACGACGUUUUCAACGUUCAUUACAAAAAUUGACUAUACCUUUAUGGUAUACGGAUAUAACCCCGACAUCAAAUAUAGCCAGUAGUGGUAGUAAACAAUCGAUUAUUUCAACAACAUCUAUACCAUGGAAAACUCAUUAUAGAGAAACUCAACGUACACCGGAAAUAAUUCAUUUACAACAUCCACAUAAUCAUCGUUCGUGUCGUUCAUCAUUAGCAACAUCACCGUCACCAUCAAUGCAUUCUUGGCAUCCAAAUCAUAUGAUUGACGGUGUUACUUUUUCUCUUUUAAAACCUUCAUCAACUUCAUCGCGACGAUAUAAUAGAUAUGAAAAAGGCAUUGAACGUGUAUCAAAAUCAAGUCGUUGGUAUCGACCUACUCAGUUUGUACCUAAUAAAAUAGCAAAUAGUCAAACAGGUACGUUAGAAAUACCAACAUCAAUCAGACAUAAUCAACAAUCGACUAAAAAUAAUCACUAUGAUGCUCCAAAAAUUUACAAUAAUGAUGGAAGUUUAAUCUCGAAAUCAAAAUGUUUGGUUACUAAUGGUAGCGUCGUUGAAAACAUUAUCGUCAAUGAGCAAAAUAACAAUGUGAUUGCAAACGAUACGCAACAAGAAAAUCAUAUUAAUUCAAAUGAAUCUCAAAUAAUGCCUAUGGCAGAUACAAACGAUCUCUUUAGUCGUAUUGAAUUAGUUGAUAUAACUGAUAAAGAAGAUGACAAUCAAUUAUUAUCAAUGGAAAGUAAUAAGUCUAUACCAUCUAUUACAAAUUUAUCGUUAUCAAAUGAACAAAUUAAUCAUAAUGAAUUAUUAGAACGUACUGCAAAUGAUUUAGUUGAAUCUCUUCUAACUGAUAUAUUACUAUUAAAUAAUAUUGAUGAUGAUGAUGAAGAUGAUGAUAAAAAUAGUGGUGUUAGAGAAUUAUCUGACGAUGAAAAUGGUCUUCGAGAAUUAGAUGAAAAUGAUAUGAAUGAUACUGAUGAAUUUAUUGUUUUUGCUACAAAUGCUGAACUAUCCGAUAAUGAUGAUGAUCAAUCAUCGAAUACUCAACGAUGUAGUCUCAAUAGAUUAUACACAUUUUCAAGGACAAAUAAUAAUUGUCUUGAUGAUUUGAAACAAAAUGAUUCAAAUCAGAAUUUACCGAAAUUAAUAAUUGAUCAAGAUGAGAAAACACUUAAUUGUCAAACAAAUUCCAAAACUGACGAAUUAUUCGAUAAAUUUUUUCAUUCAUCUCCAAUAUAUCAUUUUCAUAUUGAAAAACAGGAUAUUAAUUUACAUAAAUAUAUUGACAAAAUGAUGUAUCCUUCAAAUAGACAGUUAUUGACAAAUCAAACACAUGAAGGCGUUAACGAAGAAACAGCAAGAAUAGGACGACUCCUACUCAAUAGUAUACCAUCACCAUGUAUUGAAAAUAUUCAUGAUUCCCCAUCAGUUUUCACAGCUGAUCAACCAUUAUUAGAAAAUACUCGGUGUAUUAUAACAGAUCAUGAUAAUAAUCAUGAAUCUAUCCAAAAAAAUUUUCAUCCCCUAACUAUCGAAGAAUAUCAAGAAGGUAUUAGUAUUUUCUUGGAAGCUAUAGAAAUCAUUAAACUACGUUUGUCUAUAGAAUUAAAUGAUAAAGUACGUCGUGAUUCAGCUUAUUCAAGCAAUCAAGAACGUAUUAAUAUUCCACAAUCAUAUUAUGAACCAUUAUCGGAAUGUUAUUCAGGAUUUUCAUAUAUUCAAAGUGAUUUUCUAACACCAAAUGUUUCAUCAAUACAAUCAACAACAGAUGAAGCUUAUGAAUCUGAACCAACAACGAUGAGUUCAUCAAUAGCAACAACAACCACAACAACUCAUGUUCAUCCUGAUCUUGAACAUGAAUUUGAAUAUCCAUUACCACCACCUGUACCUGAUCGAAGUCUUAAACCUGCUUAUUUAAAAUCCAUAACAAAACCUCCAUUAACUAAACAAAAUAAUACUGAUUCAGCUGGAUAUAGUAUUGUUCAAAAAACUAAACCUUCACCAUUAAUUGCUAUUCAACAAAUUCUUACAACGACAACAAAUAGUUCCACAUCAUCAUCAGCAAAAAUUAUGAGUAGUCGGCAUUAUUGUGGUUCAAUACCAGUAUCAAAUGAACCGACUCAAUCAUCUGUUGAAUCAACUCCCAUAAAAACAAAUGGACAUUUAAAAGAUAAAAAGAAAGAGAAACGUACUAGUAAAACUCUUAGUUGUUUAUAUCCAUCAACAGCUGACGAUAAUAAUAAUAGACGAAAUUUAGUUACAAAGUCAACAUCAUCCUCCUCCUCCUCGUCGAAUAAACCUAAAAUAAAAAAACAAAAACUAAUUACAGAUUUUGAUGAAGCAACUAAUGGCUUAGCUAUUCGUUUACCAGCUCCAAUAUCUAAUGGAAAUGAUAUAAAAAAUAAACAAAAUCUUAAUAGAUCAUCAACACUGUUAUCAAAUAAACGAGCCAAUGGAAUGACAAAAAAUCGGCAGAUAUCAGAUAAUAUUAAAUCUGAUCGUCUACCAUUUUAUGAAACAUCAGUCUAG